AUCUCACAUGAAGAAGAAGAAGUAAAUCAAGCCUUUCCAGUCUGGCCCGAAUGUGUCUCCAAAUGAACCUAAAAUGUGAGGUUAUUCAGUUUCAGCACGGUGUCUAGCUUUGACCGUCGUUAGCUGCAUGCCAUGGCGGAAUAUCCGUUCCGACUGGACCAAAAUAUCUCGACCGAAACAGACUGUCACCGUUUCAGGUGUUCGCAUUGUUAUUGGAGCUAGCAUUAGCCUUUCCUAAAUGAGCUAAGGCUGCUGUUAUUUUAUACUUCAGCGUAACUGAUUCAUUGCUGCAGGGCAGAAAGCCGCAAAAACAAGGUAAUUCCAUUCCAAGUUGCACCAUUCCGUAAUAGCCGGGCUAAUAUUUGGAUAUUAUUCUAUUAAUUAUCGCAGUCCUUUACAGUUUUAUAUAUAUAUAUAAAAAAAAGUAAUUAACUGUUGUGCGAGUUUUACUGAGGCGCAUCUCAGGCAAAAUGUCCCGUGUAUCAACGGUUAAGGUUAGCUAACAGACUCGGAGUUGUCCCAAUACUAGCUGUUUUGAGAUGUAGCAGCAGGCAGCCAGUGAGCUGACCCUGGUUCAGCACAGCCCGUCUGUCAGAAGGCAAAGGGGAAAUCAUGUCCUGCAAAGCCGCAACCAAGGACAAAAAGUCGAGCUUCAGCAAGAAGCUGUUCAGGCGAGGCUCUGUGCGCUCCGUGGGCAGCUUUAUGAGCAAAGUCCUCCGGACGCUGACAGCCUUAUCACACUUUGGAUCUGAAGUACAAACCGAUGAUGACAAGGAUGAUGGAGGAUUCUCCGCGUUCAAAUCCGGGAGUAAAGAUGUCCCCAUGGAGGAUGGGGACUUUGGUGGGUUCCUGUCCGGAGAGCGAGUUCCCGGAGUGUCAGGUCUGAAGAACCACGGCAAUACCUGCUUCAUGAAUGCAAUCCUGCAGUGCCUGAGUAACACGGAACUCUUCGCCGAGUACCUCGUUUUGGAGCACUACAAAGGCGAGGAGUUAGAGGAGGAAAAGCCGAAAACAAACGGCGUCCAUCUGCAGAAGAAAGGUCCUCUAGGCAAAGGAGAAGUGACUGAGCAGCUGUCCGGACUGGUGCGGGCUUUGUGGACGUUUGAGUACACACCUCAGCAUAGCAGGGACUUCAAGAAUGCUGUGUCAAAAAAUGCCACACAGUUUAAAGGGAAUGCUCAGCACGAUGCUCAAGAGUUUCUGCUGUGGUUGCUGGACAGAGUACAUGAGGAUCUCAACACCGUCAACCCGAACACCAGGCCUGCUAUUAAGCCUCCCAUUGAAGAAGAUGACCAGAGCAUAGAGGGGCCCUCUCCUCCUCUCUCUGCUGGGUCGUUUGUGCAGGAGCUGUUCCAGGCUCAGUAUAGGUCGUCUCUUACUUGCCCGCAUUGCCAAAAGCAGAGCAACACCUUUGACCCCUUCCUCUGCAUCUCCUUACCAAUCCCUCUGCCACACACACGGCCCUUGUAUGUGACUGUGGUCUACCAGGGGAAGUACUCUCACUGCAUAAGGAUUGGAGUUGCUGUUCCUCUCAAAAGUACUGUCUAUCGCCUCAGAGACGCUGUGUCACGUGAAACCAAGAUCCCAAUGGACCAGUUUGUUCUGACUGAAAUGUAUUACGAUGGCUUCCAUCGCUCAUUUUGCGAUGAUGACGAUGAUCUUGACAUCAUCCAAGAGAGCGAUUCCAUCUUUGCCUUUGAGACACCAGAGACCUUCAAAUUAGAAAACCUACGUACAAAAAGAGGAAGCCUUCUGGCAAAUCUAAAUCAUAACAAUUUAAAGUACGGGACAGAAAUCAGCAGGACUCCAUCCUUCAUGCAGGGAGCAGUGACUCCUGUAACUGGAUCUCCAAAUAAAAACGUAGGGCCAGAAAAGGUUAUUCUCCUGGUGUGUAACAGAGCGUGCACUGGCCACCAGGCAAAAAGAUUUGGCCUGCCUUUUGUACUGUACAUGGAGCGCACUGUGACUUGGGAUGCUCUACAAAAAGAGAUCCUGGAGAAAAUGCGACAUCUUUUGAGGCCUGGGGUCUACAUUCAGGUUGGACCUUUCAGUCUUCGGGUGGUUGGCGUUGUUGGUAUUACCUACCUCCUUCCUCAAGAUGAGAGACCACUGUGUCACCCAACGGUUGAAAGAGCGUAUAAGUCCUGUGGACAAGGGGGACCUCCACAUGUGAAGAUUGUGGUCGAGUGGGACAAGGAAACCAAGGACUAUCUGUUCGGCCACACUGAGGAGGAGUAUAUUCCAGAUGCUGAGAGCGUCUAUCUGCACAGGCAGCAGCAUCAUCAGCCCCAGGCCUGCACCCUCGCUCAGUGCUUUCAGCUCUACACUAAAGAGGAGCAGCUGGCUCCAGACGAUGCCUGGCGCUGUCCCCACUGCAAGCAGCUGCAGCAGGGCCGGAUAAAGCUCAGCUUGUGGACGCUGCCGGAUGUGCUCAUACUGCAUCUCAAGAGAUUUCGACAGGAAGGAGACCGGAGGGUGAAGAUGCAGAACAUGGUGAGGUUCCCACUGAUGGGGAUGGACAUGGCACCACAUGUGGUCAAGAGAAGCCAGAGCAGCUGGAGUUUACCGUCUCACUGGUCGCCAUGGAGACGGUCCUACGGCCUUGGAAGGAACCCUGAUGACUACCUUUAUGACCUAUAUGCUGUUUGCAACCAUCAUGGCAAUAUGCAUGGAGGACACUACACUGCUUACUGCAAAAACUCUGUUGAUGGUCAGUGGUACUGCUUCGAUGACAGUGAGGUGACACCAAUUUCUGAUGAUGCUGUGUGUCAGCAAACGGCCUACAUACUGUUUUAUCAGAGAAGAACCGCAAUUCCCUCUUGGUCUGCCAACAGCUCUGUUGCUGGCUCCACUAGCUCAUCACUGUGCGACCAUUGGAUCAAUAGGUUACCUGGAAGCAGGCCUGCCAGUUUGGCCUCUGGAGCUUCAUCCAGACGUACCUCGCUUGCUUCACUGGCUGAGUCAGUGGAGUUUCCUGCAGAACGUAAUGAGGAUGAUGGAGGAUUUUCUGUCCGCCCAUUUGUGAGAAGCAUCCAACGACAGAGCUUGUCCUCAAGGUCAUCUAUUGCCAGCCCUUUGGCCUUCAGUGACAGUGGAAUGAAGCCAUCUUGGUCUCUCUCUGCCAAGCUCCAGAUGAGAUCCAACUCACCCUCACGCUUCUCCUUAGACUCUCGGUGUUCUCCUCCUCUGGAGAGGAUAGGAGAGGCAGGUGACGAUAAGGUAUCCACGUCCUGUUUUGGCAGCUACAGUCGACAUGAACGGUACUUUGGCAGCAGGACUCCGUUGUCUAUGAUGGAAAGCAACUUCGGCGAAGACAGCAAUAAAAGGUUCGUAGACAUGAUGUACUGCAGGGCUCCCACCCCAGUGGAAAAGAAGAGCAACAAAAAUGACACAACUGAAAACAACAAUGAGAUCACAGCUAUAGACCAAAACAUACAACCCACUCAAGCAACCCCUUCCAAAGAGCAAAAAAGAAAAAGUAGCAUUGGAGGAUUUACCCUGAAGUCCGAAAGCACAUGCUCCAUCAAGAGCUCCAGCAAAACAGAGUUGGAGAAAACCUCCAAAAAACGUCUUUGCUCAAUUAAUAAGAACCCAGCCUCUGACGCGUCUUCCAGUUCACCGGCAAAAGGCAAGAAGCUGAGCAGCACGAAGGAGAAGACUGUAAACACGAAGAAAAGCACCUUGACACCCAGUGGAACGCCCUCUAAAACGAAGGAAUCAAAUAAAACUCCGGAGGCGACUCCACAACGUAAACCUUCCCUCUGCUCCACACCUCAGUCUUCAGCUUCUGCCUCUCCAACUGUGAAGAAGAACUCAAGCAUUACUGAGAAGGGCUCAACGAGCUGCCGGAAACGACUGAUGGAAAGGAGUUACAGCAGAGAUUCUAUGCACACCAGCCCCCUCGUUGACAGCCAUCGGAGCAGCUGUGUGUCCCGUAGUUCACUUCCCAAGAAUGGGGACAGUAGUCGGCUUGAGAGGAGGUCUGUAAGGAGUUCCAGCAGCAGUUCUUCAGUCACUAGCCUGCGCUCACCAAGUGUAUCCACCAGAGACUUGCAACGGAGUAGCAAAUCAGAGGAGAAAGGCUUGUCUUUCUUCAAGAGUGCCCUCCGACAGAGAGAAAGUCGCCGGUCGGCCGAUUUAGGAAAAAGCGCAUUGCUUACCAAAAAGGCUUCAGAGAGGACAUGCAAGCAGAACGGACAAGCUAAGGAGGUAGACGGUGAUGGUCAAAAGACUGGAGAAGCUGGGUCCUUGAAAACGUCUAAAGAAACUCUGGGAGGCGAGUCAAACUCAGACAAGCAGGAGUCUUCCAAGCCCCCCAGCUCUCUUAGUCGUACUCUACUAGGAAAGUCCAAGUCUUCCUCAUCCGAUGUAAGUAGCAAGUCUCGUACAGAUGGGAAGAAACCUCUAGAAAAGAUGGCAUCUUCUCGAAAGCUGUCAUCAAGCAUGCAAUCUCCUGCACGAACAACACAGAGGCCUCAGUGAUACAUCGGUAGUAGUAAUGAGAAAUAGAACAAUGCAGCUAUUUACGUUGUGCCUGGGUUUCAGUUAGCAUCAGAUGUAUUUGAGACACACUUUUUGGUGUUAUGGUUUUGUACAUCAGCCCUAAAGUCUUUGACUUUGAAAUUUCCCUGUUUAAGAUAUUUCUUUUUUGUUUUUUAUUAAAGUAAAAGCAUUAUAUCGUCUGCAUAUAAGAGUUCAUGGCACUUGCCUGACAUGCUAACAGUAUUUUUCCAGCCUUUGAUGCUUAUGUUUUGAAUGUCUUCUGUAAAUAUUCAAAAGUCAGUGGCAAAGAAAACAAAACCAUGACAUCAAAAUUAGCCUCUGGUACCAGUUGCCAGUUAUUUCAUAGUUCAGAAAGAAUGUUUUAAGAGUUUCAUUCUGAAAUAAUUCGUUAAAAAUUUUAUUUUUUGUGAAUUGCUGUGAGCCUCUGCUUUUCUCACCUCUCUUCAUGCUGUCUACACAUUUAUUAAUAUAAAUCCUAAGUUUUUAAAUUGAAAGCAGUGGAGGAAAAUGCAUGCCAUAUUUAUUUCUAAAGAUUCACUAACAUUUUUGAAAGCUUUUGGUAUUGAUGCAUAGGAGCAACAACAAAUGAGUCUUUAUUUUGAAUAUUAAAAAGAUUAAAGUGAAUGUUGGCUCUAGACCAAAAAUGGAAAUAUUCAAAAUUACUCUCUAAAAGAGGUUUUGCAAAAUUUUGAAACAUUUGUGUUUUUUUUUUGUUAUAGAGUACUGUUUUGAUAAAAGUUUUUUUUUAAGUAAAAAUGUAUUUAGGUCCUUAUGUAAAAAAAGAAAAAAUUGGAUGUUUUGAAAGGAAAACCCUUUAAAAUUAAAGUUUAUAAAUAUAUAUUGAUUUAUCUAUAAAACUGUAGACAUAACAUAAAUUGUAUCUGUUUUCCCCCUCUAUGAGCAAGAUAAGAAAUGAUCUUAAGCGCCUUUCAAUGCUGCACAUGGAACAAAAUAUUGCCUUUUGGCAAAAUAGUCUUUUACUGUAAGUGUCACCUAUAGGAAUGUUGUUCAAUAGCACUUUGUAUAGAUAAAAACAUAGGAAAAUUAUUAUAUAAUAGUUGGUUAAAUAUUAUAGGGUGUAUUGUAAAGUAGAGUAAGGAGCCUUAGACUUAAAAUGGUAAAAGGGUACAUUCAUCUCAGUGUUGCAGGGGUCACCCUACCAUAACAAAUAUUUCAUUUAAUGCACCUGGUGCUGUAACAGACCACUGCUUCAGUAGCACUGACAGGUUUUUUUCUUUUAAAUAAUGACGUUAAGAACUAUAACCACAAUUUUAACGAGUUACAGAGCUUUUGGUGUUUGUAUCAUAACCUUUGGUACCUCAUUCAAGAUAUUAUCUUUAACAACAUUUUGUCUUCUGAAGCCUGAAUCACAUUAUUGGUAAAGAGACAUUUACUUAGCUAAAUAACUCAACAGAUGUUGUCUGGGAGUAGUUGUCAAUGUGUGGACAUGAAUGCUGAACUUUCUGAUCUGAUCUACCAGACAGUGCAAGACAGUUUUACUUUAAAAAAAAAAAAAAACAUGAAGCAAAUCAAUGUGUAAGUUUGGUGCUUGUCGUCAGGCCUGCCGGGUUUAUUUUCGAUUGUAACUGUAGCUUGGUCAUUGUUAAACUGCCACCUCUACUGGCAAUAUUCACACAUCAGAUACCAGCAGAGACUUUGUUUUCAAAGAUUUAAAUGUCUGUAAAGGAUCAGAAUUUAAAUCUCAAAUAUUUUUAUUUCUAUUUUAGAUAUGCAGGAGACGGUUUCUGUAGCAUUUGUCAAGUUUACAAUGGUUCUCGGGUUGUUUGAGAAAACGCCACCUUAUUGAACCUGACUGCCUUUUUUAAAUGGUCUGUAUGAAAUGUGUCUGUCAAAACGUUACAUACUUGGCUAUAUCGGUCUAUUAAAAGUCUCUCUAACCCUGAAUCGGUCUUUAUCAAUCUUAAGUUUUAAAAGAACUGUUGCGUGAUGCACCAAGAUCAGGUUGGAAAGUGUAGAAUUCUGCAUCUAAACUGGCAAAUAAAAUUAUUGAAUCAAAUACAUUGUUCACGUGAUAGACAGAAUUUAUCAGUAAUAAUGUUUCAUAAAACAAAGGACAUGGGCUUGAAUCUAAAAACUAGACACACCUACUUUGUGACCAUUAAAACACAACAAACACAUUUUUAGCUAUGUUUUACUUCCGGUAGGUGCGUUUCUUUAACGUGUUUCUCCAAUACUGAAAAGUACAGUCAUACAUUUGGAUAUGACAUCAUCCUCGGUUGAUGCCUGCUCAUUUCUGUCACAGACCAUAAAAAUAAAAGGCAGCAUGUUUAGAUAAUGUGGUGUUGCUGUAGCUGCUCUAUUUUCCUAAUCUAUCAAGAACAUGUGCAUGGCACUCGAAUCAGAGGAGACAUUUUUUUUUUGUUCAUUUUGCUUUGUCUUUCUGUAAAGUCAGUUACUGCUGGUAUACAUUUCAGAAAUGGCUCAUUCCAUCCUUCAUGUUUGUGUUUCCAGCCAUGUCCAAGUUCAUGUAGCCAUAAAGCGGUGUGUUGCCCUUUUACUUACAAAGCUUUUUUAUAUUUUCUAUUAGGGUUGAAGGUUGCUGUUAGACAAUCUGAUAAAAAACAGAAAAUGUUAAUACUUUAUUAAUAAUAUGUAAAUAUAAAUCAUCUCUUUUGGGCACAUCAUCUUCCUAAAACAUUCUAGAGUUUCUGGGACCCUAUAAAGACAGGUGGCAUGUUCCACUGUUUCUCAUCUGUUUUCAUCACCACUACAUUUCUGACAGUUUCUUUAAACAUGCAAUACUUAGAGAUCUGACUGGUUAGGACUUAUAGUUUAGUAUUAAACAUCAGGCAGCUAACUCUUUGGAAAUAGUCAGGUUUUCGCCUAAGAUGCAACUUAAUAAAUUGGAAUGUUACUGAAAGAUUAAAAUUAUUUCUGUAAUUCAGUUUAAAAAGAACUGUUAAUUAAAUAAGGCUUACAGUUAAUAAAGUCAAAAUUCAGUUUCUCAGGAAAUUGAGAUACUGCACUCUUUUUGCUUAAUUUUCUAAUUUUCUGGCUGCAGAUGUGUGCGAUGACUAUUUAUGCUCCAGUGCUAGCUGCACGCCACACAUUGUGAUUCACCCCACAACAAAUCAAUGACCUUUUGAUUCAUAGUCCUCUCAAAUCUACAGUUACCUUUCUUGAUUCUGCCAUAUUUACUACCGCACUUGUUUUCUUCCACUCCACUUUCUUUUGGUAUGAGAUAAAGCACUGUGUGAACAGGCAGCUUCCUUAACAGGAACUUUUUGUGGCUGAUACACGGAAUAAAAAUAGACAGCGGCUGUUGUAAAGCAGUUAUCCCUAAUAAGACAACGCACCUGUAGUAAAAACUCAAUUUAAAGGUCCUGUGUGAUAUUUAUAUUUGUUGAGAAACUGAAUUUAUGGUUUCCAUGAGCUGUAAUCCAGAAUCACCUAGGUAACAAAAAUAAACACCUGAAAUAUAUCACUCGGUAGGUAAUUUAUAUAUUUGAGUUGAAUGGCUGUUUUGAUUUUUAAAUUUAUGUAUCAAAGCUGCGUCCAAAUGUUCAAGAGAGAUAAAAAUUGUACUAAAGCAAACAAAUACAAUUUGGGAUUUACUUCUUAUAAUUUUAAUAUCCAGAUGCUGGAUUAUGUGAGAUAAAAAAAUUAUAAAAAUGUGCACAAUCAAAUAAUUAACCAAUUCUCAUUCCAGUUGAAAACAUUAAAGCUGAAUCACAAUCUUCACAUGAAUCUUCUUUGUCUAUUGUUCUGCACUGCAGUGCAUGUCUUUUUUUUUCCUUUGCUGUUUCCUGUAAACUUGUCAUUGUACAGACUAGAAUGAUUAAUGAAUGCAGUAUUGCAUGAAAACACUAAUGCAUGUAUUUUAAAUCAACUAUGCAAGAGUGCAGCUGUGUAACAUAGAUUGCAAUGCAUGGCUGGUAUAUCCCAUUGCUUUAUUUGCACACCUAUACAAUAUUUCAGAACUAUACAACACAGAAUAUUUCAUUUUGCUGUAAAGUGUUUCGAGUCAUCUAAUUUCUUCCAUGUUGACAUUCUCUAAUCUUUAUGGGUGCUCCCACUAGUUUGGUGGGUUUUUUGUCAUUGUUGUUUCACAUUUAUCGUUGUACACCAGCAGAGAUAAUACUAUGGAUGCGAAAAUCUAUAUGUGGUUACUAUGUCGACUCAUUAUCUAUGUAUAUUGUGAAAGCCUCUCAUUAGUUUACUUCAGUGGGGGGGAAAAAAGUGUGUGAACCCCUGUUGCCAUUUUCUCAGCUGCAUCCAAGGUGUGGUCAGUCUUGAAUAUAUAUAAUAAAAAAAAUAUUAACGUAGCUACAUGCAAUAAAUAGAGAUAGUAAAUUUAGUUUUGUAAUACAGUACAUAAAUAUGACAUUAUUUUUUUUAGUUUCGUAUUUAUCAGACAGUCAUUUCGGUCAUGCUGAUUUUAUUUUUUAUUAUUGAUUCAAAUUUUUAAAAAGACAGUUUUACAGAUGACUCUUUUUUUAUGGCUUGUGAACUUUUGUUAAUUGAAUAUUUAGCCAGCCAUGCUCAGGAGCAAACAUCUCCCUCUAUUAAGAUAAAAUAGCAUGUUACAUAUUCAGAUAUGCAUUUUGCUGCUAAACUGAAGCUGCAUUGAACCUUGAAACUAAAGUAGCUGCAUUUUACAUUUGAGUUACACACUUCAUUUCUGCAGGUUCUGUGGCACUUCAAAUAUAUUCCCUCAAAUAGAGCUUCGAAGUUUAAAAGGCUUGCAGUGCUUUGAAAUGGAUUUUCGAGGCAUUUUUCAAAUGUAAGCACUACAAAUGUACUAAAACUGAUCGCUAGCCUUAAGCAGUCACAUGUAAUAGUUAUGUAUCUUUGGAUGAUGCAGAAUUUAGAAAGCUGUGUAAUGAAAUGUCUUGAGUGUCAUUUUUUUGUUAAGCUAGAAAAUCAUUCUGGAUACACAAAAUGUUUUUUUUUUUUACAUUUUUAUAUAAUCCACAAGCUGUUUUGUAAAAUUAAAUGUGUUGCAAAUGUUGUUUACUUUUUAAGUUUGAGAAUAGUUUAUUCCUUUUUAUCACAUCGACAGCUGCAUUUUCUGAUUUUUGUUAUACAUUACAGCCUCUAUUCCACAAUAUGCCUGUACAUUUUUUUUUUUUUGUUAAACUGUUUGGUCAUUUAGUUGUUUUGAACUCAUAAGUCUUUUGAAUUUAAUUUAUUUUUUAAUUUUGUUUUUUCUAUCAUGUGCACUUUUAUAUUUGUUUCAUCCAAAUGGACAAGUGUGUACAUACUUCCAUGCAAGUACAAAAUUAAACUUCUCAUUAAAAUGUU